AAGCUGCAGUGUGGGGAUGCUCUAGACCGAGUACUGCCCCCAGUGUCUUUCCACCUCCUUCUGCAGGGGCAGCAGCAGCAGCAGCAGCACUUGGCAGCGGCAACUUGCGGCUGCACCCCGGGCGAGCCCCCUAGGGUGGUGCCCAACUGAGAGGGGGGCUCAGUGCCCCGAAGAGGCUGCCCCUCCAAGAGCAGAGGCAGCAAGAGGACGAGUGUACCUCGCACCGGUCCACACAGGGAAAGCAGUAGGCACGGAGCCCGGCACCGCCUCCUGGUCCUCCCUCCAGGGGCAACCAGGAAAACAAGAACUAGCAAGAGUUUGACAAACGCCUGGAUUCAGGUUAGAAGGCCAUUCACCUGCCUAUUGCUUCAUUCCUGGAAAUUGCACUGCACCUGUCUAAUUCAGGAAAAAAAGAUCUGCAAGAAAACAAAGACCCAAACACCCCAGAAUUCCUAAAGAAGAUUGCCUCUGAACCAAAAAUGGUGAGCGAGAGUCACCACGAGGCGCUGGCAGCCCCACCGGUCACCACCGUUGCUACAGUUCUACCAAAUAACACCACAGAGCCGGCCAGUCCUGGAGAAGGGAAGGAGGAUGUCUUUUCUAAGCUGAAGGAGAAGUUUAUGAAUGAGUUGCAUAAAAUUCCAUUGCCACCGUGGGCCUUAAUUGCCAUAGCCAUAGUUGCAGUCCUUUUAGUCUUGACCUGUUGCUUUUGUAUCUGUAAGAAAUGCUUGUUCAAAAAGAAAAACAAGAAGAAGGGAAAGGAAAAGGGAGGGAAGAACGCCAUUAACAUGAAAGACGUGAAAGACUUAGGGAAGAGCAUGAAGGACCAGGCCCUGAAGGAUGAUGAUGCUGAAACCGGAUUGACUGAUGGGGAAGAAAAAGAAGAACCCAAAGAAGAGGAGAAACUGGGAAAACUUCAGUAUUCACUGGAUUAUGAUUUCCAGAAUAACCAGCUGCUUGUGGGGAUCAUCCAGGCUGCCGAGCUGCCCGCCCUGGACAUGGGGGGCACGUCUGACCCCUACGUCAAAGUGUUUCUGCUGCCUGAUAAAAAGAAGAAAUUUGAGACAAAAGUCCACCGAAAGACCCUUAAUCCUGUCUUCAAUGAGCAAUUCACUUUCAAGGUGCCGUACUCGGAACUGGGUGGUAAAACUCUGGUGAUGGCCGUGUAUGAUUUUGACCGUUUCUCCAAGCACGACAUCAUUGGGGAAUUUAAAGUCCCCAUGAACACAGUGGAUUUUGGUCACGUAACUGAGGAAUGGCGUGAUCUACAAAGUGCCGAGAAGGAAGAGCAAGAGAAACUGGGUGAUAUCUGCUUCUCCCUUCGCUAUGUCCCUACUGCUGGCAAACUGACUGUGGUCAUUCUGGAGGCAAAGAACCUGAAGAAGAUGGAUGUGGGCGGUUUAUCCGAUCCUUAUGUAAAGAUUCAUCUGAUGCAGAAUGGCAAGAGGCUGAAGAAGAAAAAGACAACAAUUAAAAAGAACACACUGAACCCCUACUACAAUGAGUCCUUCAGCUUUGAAGUGCCCUUUGAGCAAAUCCAGAAAGUGCAAGUGGUGGUAACUGUUUUGGACUAUGACAAGAUUGGCAAGAACGAUGCCAUCGGCAAAGUCUUUGUGGGCUACAAUAGCACCGGAGCGGAGCUGCGACAUUGGUCAGAUAUGCUGGCCAACCCCAGGCGACCCAUCGCCCAGUGGCACACCCUACAGGUGGAGGAGGAAGUUGAUGCCAUGCUGGCUGUCAAGAAGUAAAGGAGAGAAGCCUUUCUGCAUUUGCCCACAUAGUGCUCUUUAGCCAGUAUCUGUAAAUACCUCAGUAAUAUGGGUCCUUUCAUUUUUCCAGCCAUGCGUUCCUAACACAAUUCAGUGGUACUUCAGAUCCUGUUUUAAUUUGCACAAAUUUAAACGUAGAGAGCCCAUAAGCCCUUCAUCCUGCCACUGCCCUCCGAAUCUGCUCUUAUUUUAAGCAAUAUGAUGUGUAGAUAGAGCAUGACGGAAAUUAUUUAUUGUAUCACACCGCUGUAUAUACCAGUGUGCUAAAGAUUUAUUUCUAGUUUGUGUAUUUGUAUGUUGUAAGUGUUUCCUAAUCUGUGUAUAUCUAGAUGUUUUUAAUAAGAUGUUCUAUUUUAAACUAUGUAAAUGGACUGAGAUAUAGGAGAGCUGAUAAUAUAUUAUAUGGUAAAUAUAGUAUCGUCUGCAUUCCAGCAAAAAUAUCAACUUGUAAGGCACUAGUACAAUGAAACUGACAUCUUAAAGGACAACUUAAACCUGAGCUUUCUAUUGACUCAUUUGAGCACCAAGAUACACUGACACCACAUAUUUGGUGGGUGAAUCCAAUUUUACAGAAUUCUUCAGGCAAAUGAGCAUGAUCUGAGCAGCAUCAAGCCUGACCUCCUGGAAGCAUAGCCACAAACCAGAAUAGCAUCAGUCUGUGUGUAUCUACAGAGCUAAAACCAGUGCUUCACUUUUACAUUUGAGGAAGCAGCUGGACAGGAGUCAAUGAUUUCAUAUUACUGCCUAGAGAGCAGUGACGCGAUGCUGUUCCGUGUGUGUGCGUGCGCGCGCAUGCACGUGCAUUUGUUUGGGGAUGGGGUGGGUGGGAAGAAGCUGAGGGGAAAAGAAGUCAGCAUUUCCGAAAUAUUGCCUGACUACUUAAAAAAAAAAAAAAAAAGUAGCUCUCCGUUAUCACCUUUCUACAAAAUGUGCAGCCUGUGAAUUCUAUUGCAGAUUUCACAUCUAUAAUAAUUCCAAAAGGUUUGCACGUUCGACUUUGUAACAAAAUAUUUUAUUAUACAAAACCAGAGUAGAAGGAAUGCAGAAUAUUUUUAACACAGCAAUCUGUGCUUAUUACACAAAAUUACUUUGUGGUAAACAGACAGUAUUGUAAUCCCAUCAACAGAGGAAAAAAUAAACAAUUAGCCAUAGUUCUGAAUGCACUUCAAUUAAGCCAAAACAGACAGCUAGUGAUCUUUUUAUAUGCUCUUUUUACGUAAAUAAGUUUUAAUUUGUCCUUUAAAAAAAAAAAAGGUGAAACAAGAACAAGUUCUAGAAAACUGAAGCAACCUCUUAUGUAUACUAGAUGCUUGAUUUAGGAGGCGUUUUUAAAUGUUUUCAAUGUUAUUACGUAGUAAAUGGCACUAUUAUGAAGCUACUAGUCCUUCCACAAGAGUCUUCAAGGACUGCCCUGUGUAACACUGUGACCGCCGUGUGUGUGCUUAGACAUGUAACGUAGUUUCCUCAGUGGACAGCACUCAAUCUAUUCCGUAGUGAUAUUGUAACAAUACUGCCAUUCCCUUCUACUGCACUGCCCAAGGUGUGUGUAGCACAAACAGUUCUCAUUACAAAGGACCAAUUCCGAACUGAAAAGCUAUGCAGAAGACAAGAACGAUGCAACGCAUGCGGCGGAACACACAGCAUCUUGUCAAGCACUGUGCAACGGUCCCUUUUGCUCCCCACCUUGGUAGGCGACCGCUUUGCUGGACGGCAGCCGAUGAUCCCCCACUGCGGCUGGUCUUUGUCCCACUCACCUCCAUGACCCAUUUUCACUCCCAGCCCCCAGAAAGUAGGGAUGCUCUGAGUGAAGGGUCAUCGUCAAACACACCGAAACGAAAUGGAGGGAAAGGAGGCAUGAACCUCAUGCUCAGACCUGAGGCUCUCAUGCCAUGGUUUUUAAAACCGCCAAGAGAAUUCAGCAGGGGCUGGGGAGACGCUUCCAACACGAGGUUGGCUGUUUCCUGAUAAAACUGGGGCUCCUGUCUUGUUCUUUCCUCAUCGGAGCAAAGGCGAGCCCUUUCACCUUUCAGCCCAGGUGUAGAUGAGAGAAAAUGCACGAGUCAUUCAAAUGAUGUGGGAUCAAGUACCAGUUUGAAAAGAAGAUUCAAGCGAGAAGCCUUCCCGUUUCCAAGACCCAACCCUACCAGAGAGAGUGGACUGACUUUUGAAAAUUCUUUGACUACCAGACUCCAACUUUUAAGUUCACCGUAUUUAGCUUUAAGGUGUUCACGCUGAAACAAACACUUUGAAGCCACCAGGUUCGAGCUGCUGAAUACACAUCAUUUCUCGCGUUAAAGCACGACGAAUGCAUUCUCUCGCAACACUGCCAGACAUGGGAUACUGUCACCAUAGAGUUAGUUGGUACUAUGCCAUCUUCCACGAGUCAGUGACCGAGCCUGCUUUAAGACCAACUUUCAUCCUCCGAUAAGCCACAAUGUACCUUUCUGACAAAGCUGUGUCAAGUAUUCGAAUCUGAUGCUCUAGAAAGAUCCUAGUUGCCUUCGUGUAUAUUUACUGCCUGCUUGAGUGUUUCUCUGUGUGGGUUUUCUCUGUAUCUUGUAGAAAUGUUGGGGUGUUUUCUUCUGCCAUAUGGCUCGUGGCCUGCGAGCCAACUACUUUAGCUGUAUUUUACCUUCAUUUUUGAUGAGGUGGUUUAAAUUUUGUUUCACUUCGUGUAGUGAAUUCCACAGUAGUUUUCUGAUUGUUGUUAAAAAUGACUUAACAUAUUACACAGAUAUUCAAUAAAAAUGUUUUAUUUCCUGUU